CGCCGGCAGCGGCUGCAAAUAGACCGGCGGUUUCGUACUCCGUGGUCACGUGGGCGGCUGCGUCGCCGCCUGCCGCUGCAUGCGAAAGACACGAGAGCGCCAAGUUCUCGCGUGCGCCUUGGUUUCUUGGUUUCUUUCCUGGUCCUGGGAGAGGAAAUGUUGCCACUUCCCGAAGUCGUCGUUCGUUGCCGUGUCUCCGAGUGUCCAUGAUUGGAGAGUGAAACAGCCGAAACAGCGUCGACGUCGGCAGUGCGUUGACCGCCUCGCCGAUGUUCGCGGCGGAGGGGUUCGCGGCGUCGUAGCGCAGGAAGCGACGGGGUUCCGUGGACAGGUCAAGCACCAUGCCGGCCGGCAAGAGCAUCAUGAAGAGGGUCUUCACGUAUGCACUCAUCCUCGGUCUGCUGGCGAUAUGCGUGGCGUCCAUGCGCGGUGCCCUGAUGCCCAAGACGCUACCGGGCUUCCGCUGCGACGACCCGCACAUCCGGCACCCGUUCCGAGGAGACACCGUCACGCUCACGCAGAUCCUGACGCUGGUCAUCGUGCUGCCGGGCCCUCUGCUGUUCCUGGUGGAGCGGUGGGCCGACGGUCCCGUGAGCUGGCCGCUGGUCCGGUCCGCGCUGCGCCACUACGUGCUCGGCCUGGAGCUGGUCUCCGUGGCCAUCGAGGUGGUCAAGUCGCUGGUCACCAAGCCCCGCCCACACUUCCUCGACUCGUGCCGGCCCGACUGGGACAAGCUCGACUGCUCGCAGGGUCUGGUGACGCAGUACCAGUGUGCCAAUGAGGAAGCGUGGAUCCUGGUCGACAUGUACAAGUCAUUCCCGUCCGGUCAUUCGGCGCUCGCCUUCUACCUCUUCACCUUCGUCGCGGCGUACUGCGCCGUGCGGCUACCGUCGCUGACGUCGCGGUGGUCUCGCGGCGGCUGCCGCCUGCUGCAGCUGUGCCUCUUCGUGCUGGCCUGCGCAUGCGCGGCGUCGCGCAUCUACGACCGCAGGCACCACCCCGUGGACGUGGUCACCGGGGGACUGCUCGGCGUGCUCGGAGGACUGGCCACGGUGCGGUGGUUCGUCUCGAGCAGUCGACAUCGUAUCGAAUCUAAAGCCCAAUGAAGAUGAGCGAGAGAAAAGAGAUCGCGCGUUACUCCGCGCCAACGUCAUAGAGUAGCAGUGAUAUUAUACACAUCUAUUUAAUUACCCCCUCGUUCGACAUUCCAACGCGGCGCGCCGAAGACGUGGGCAAUGUUACAGCACGGCUUCUUGUUUUCCUUCUCCCCGGAGUUCGUUAAUCGUGUUGCGCGUGUUGGCUUCUGUAGCAGGACUUCACCCGCCACUACGUUUUGGGGAGUUAACAGACGUACGCGCCACCUGUGAGACGACAACGACUUAGCUUGAGGCGCCGCGGCAUCGGAAAGUAUUUGCUCACUUUUGAUUCAUUCCUACCUUCACAGGUGGCGCGACACUCGUAGACUCCGAAACGUUGGACACGUUUGGGCGUGUAGCAGUAUUUUGGAACAUGGGACCUCUAACGUAAAAUGAUUCGCGACUUUCGCAAUACGAGAACUGUGCGGUCGUUUUCGUGUUGUUUCUUUUAGUGAAUAUUAUUUCUGUACGGCUUUCAUCUAUAUGUGUCGCAUACUGUUGACAGCAGUAAAAUAUCGCGACGGAGAUUACGUGGACACGUGGUAGCGAUGGUUAUCACGAAUGAUGCUCGAGUUGGACUUGGCUUAGAUUGUACAGGGUCAUUUUGGAAGAAAUGGCACGGCAGAAGCACAGUGCACAACGCCGAUAACAGGACGAGAAAGAAACGUCCAGCGCAUGUGUUCCGUUAUUAUUUUUUUUUGUACUGUGCGUCGGUGCUGUUCACAAAGGUAAUCACUUGGUAUCUGCAAACCGAUCACAGGCGAACCAGGUUAUAUCGAACAAGCUUAUUGUGUGCUAAAAAUAGUUCCACAUAUCAGGUAAUUCGAUAUACCCAAGUUCACCUAUAACGAAAUUAAGAUUUUUUUAAAUGUUUUCGUUAAGUACGGAUUCGUUAUAUCCAGAAGAGAAAUGAAGGAAGCAAGAUAUUCAUUUAUUGAAAAACAGUAGUACGAGUAGUUGGCGGUAACGUUUACCUAUGUCUCGUACAAAAUACCACACGAAAAACAACAGGACCCUACCGCAGCGCGUUUGCGCUGUACAAGGUUGCACAUACGUCUUGCACUGCCUUCGGAAAAUGAGGCUUAGUGGCACCUGUAACGUUGUCUAGUCUUACGAGCCCUCUUCUUUCGUGUCGUUUCUUCCAAAAAAUGACCGCGAACCAUGCGCUACCCGUUGCAAGCGGUACCAUCCCAUCCACAUGCUCACACACGCGCGCGCGCUCGCACGCGGGCACGCUCGUGCGCAUGCGCUAGCUCACUCACCGUUCUCGCUCGCUCGCUCACUUACGGACACACACAUACGUUCACCUCCACACAAAUCAAAAUGACCAUCGGCGAAGCGUCUACAACUCAAACCGUCCCGUUUUUCUAUAAAAGCAUCUGUGUGCAUCGAAUCGUUAUUAUAUAUACACACACAGACAGGCAGCGUCUCUGGCGGAGGAGUUUUCGCCGCGACGUCGUUGUUGCUUCCGCUCUAUCUCUACAGUGGUUGUCUUCUCUUUGAAUCGUCGCCGUCGUUGUUGUCGCCGUCGUUGUUGUUCUCGUGCGACCCCCACACCCCCGUCCCGUAACCGCGGCAGUGUACCACCACCACCACCACCAACAACAACAACAACGUCGCGCACUCACACGCACGCGCGCGCGCGACCGCGACGAUCGAAGUUGUGUUUUUUUUUUUUUUUUUUCUUCCUCAUCGUCAUCCAAGGUCGAGCGCGCGCUUCUAUUUCCAAAGCUGGCGUGACCGGCCCGGGAGCUGCAUGUUGCCAGAGCGGCCUCCAGGACACUGCGUUGUUGCCAGACGCGUAGCGGCAGACUGGCGGUUCCGUAUUUUUGUACGCUGAGCGGGAAUUAAAAAAGAAAACAUGAAA